UGUCGGUUUUCAGAGAUGAGAUUUUGCCUAAACCCACCGAAGGUGCUGAGCCUGCUGAAAAGAGCUUGCAGCGCAGUUGGAGUAGCCGCAGCCGCCUGUCUCUCCUCGUCGCCUUCGUCGUCUUCCGCUUCCACGUCAACAGCACCGAAGCUAGCCUCUGCCAUGGACGACCUCAAAACCCUAAGGACCAAGGUCUGCAUAAUCGGCAGCGGCCCGGCGGCGCACACCGCCGCCAUCUACGCCGCCCGGGCGGAGCUUAAGCCGAUUCUGUUUGAGGGCAUGAUGGCCAACGACAUCGCCCCCGGCGGCCAGCUCACCACCACCACCGACGUUGAGAACUUCCCGGGUUUUCCCGACGGAAUCCUCGGGUACGAUCUCAUGGACCGGUGCCGAAAGCAGUCCAUCCGCUUCGGCACCGAGGUGUUCACUGAAACGGUCAACAAGGUCGACUUCUCGACCACUCCGUUCAAGAUCUUCGCCGAUGAAAGGACCGUCCUGGCCGAUUCCGUCGUCGUCGCCACUGGCGCCGUCGCCAAGCGCCUUCCAUUUCCUGGCUCCGAGGAGUACUGGAACCGCGGGAUUUCUGCUUGCGCGGUGUGCGACGGCGCCGCCCCGAUAUUUCGUAACAAGCCGCUGGCGGUGAUUGGAGGUGGUGACUCAGCGAUGGAGGAGGCAAAUUUUCUGACCAAGUACGGAUCAGAAGUGCACAUAAUUCACCGGAGGGACACGUUUAGGGCUUCGAAAAUUAUGCAGAAUCGGGCGCUUAGCAACCCGAAAAUCCGGGUGGUGUGGAACUCGGAGGUGGUGGAGGCUUACGGCGAAGGGAAAGGGCCUCUGGCGGGGCUGAAGGUGAAAAACGUGGUGACUGGGGAGGUAUCGGAUUUUAAGGUUUCGGGGCUCUUUUUCGCAAUUGGGCACGAACCGGCGACUAAGUUUUUGGACGGGCAUUUGGAUCUCCAUGCUGAUGGGUAUGUUGCCACGAAGCCAGGGACUACGCAGACCAGCGUAAAAGGGGUUUUCGCCGCCGGAGAUGUUCAGGACAAGAAGUACAGGCAGGCUAUCACUGCCGCCGGAAGUGGAUGCAUGGCAGCCUUGGAAGCAGAACAUUACUUGCAAGAGAUUGGAUCCCAGGAGGGUAAGAGUGAUUGACUACCUUCGAUUGGCGAGGACUCUAAGCGAUGCUCGGUUAGAAGCAAAAUUUAAUCAACAGCAGGAUAAAGACUAAAAUUUCGAUUUGGAACGAAUAAAUGUUUAUCAUUUGGUUGCAAAAAAAUGAUCUACAAAAUCACGGAAUGUUGGAACCGAAGAUUUGCAGUAAUUAUUCAAGUAUUUUAUUUGUUUUACAGUGUUAGUGUUUUAGGAUUCCUUCAUAAUUCGCAUAUGAACAUGUUCAUGGCAUGGCAUCUGGGAACGAAGAGAUCGUGUGCUUUGUAUGCUUAGGAGGAAUAGAAAAAUGGCUUGAAGAUUUAGCAA